GGCUCAGUCGCUCUUUCAGCUUCUCUCGCGGUUCAGGCUGCAUGAACACUGACGAAAUGUGCGCUGAAAUUUGACCUUGUCUUAACGAGGAAUCUUCUUUCGGACCGUCAGCUGGAUACUGUUGCUCUGCAGUUGGGUGACCACAAAUGUGAGAAAAAGGGAAAGUCAAUAAACCGGCCGCCUGACCUUGUGUUUGUGAUAAGGUGUUUAUUUUAGGUCUUUCCCCAUCAUCAACAUCAACAUGGAUGAGGACAGCAGAGUACCUGAAGAUCUCUCUCCAGCAGAAAGAGAUGAACUGUCUAACAUUCGACGAAGAAAAAAAGAAUUACUGGAUGACAUUGAACGGUUAAAGUUUGAAAUUGCCGAAGUGAUGACAGAGAUUGAACAUUUAACUUGCAUAGGAGAGACAAAGACCACUCAGAGAAAUAAGCAGAUGGCUAUUGGAAGAAAGAAAUUUAAUAUGGAUCCUAAAAAGGGUAUCCUGUUUCUUCUGGACAAUGACCUUUUGCAACACACACCUGAGGACAUUGCACAGUUCCUAUACAAAGGAGAGGGCUUAAAUAAAACAGUCAUCGGAGAUUAUUUAGGGGAAAGGGAUGAUUUCAACAUCAGCGUUCUGCAGGCCUUUGUAGAACUUCAUGAAUUCGCAGACCUCAACCUGGUGCAAGCUUUACGGCAGUUUCUGUGGAGCUUCAGACUCCCGGGUGAGGCUCAGAAGAUUGACAGGAUGAUGGAAGCUUUCGCAACGCGUUAUUGCCUUUGCAACCCAGGUGUCUUCCAGUCCUCAGACACGUGCUACGUCCUGUCAUUCUCCAUCAUUAUGCUCAAUACCAGCCUGCACAACCCCAAUGUGAAGGACAAGCCCACGGUUGAGAGAUUCAUCUCUAUGAACCGCGGCAUCAACGAAGGUGGUGAUCUGCCCGAGGAGCUGCUCAAGAACUUAUACGAAAGCAUAAAAAACGAGCCCUUCAAAAUCCCUGAAGAUGAUGGCAAUGAUCUGACCCACACAUUCUUCAAUCCAGACAGAGAAGGGUGGCUGCUGAAGCUGGGAGGACGAGUGAAGACGUGGAAAAGGAGAUGGUUCAUUCUGACAGAUAACUGCUUGUAUUACUUUGAAUAUACAACAGACAAAGAGCCUCGAGGGAUCAUUCCACUGGAGAACCUUAGCAUAAGAGAGGUGGACGAGCCAAGAAAACCAAACUGCUUUGAGCUCUACAACCCAAAUCAUAAAGGUCAGGUGAUCAAGGCGUGUAAAACAGAGGCAGACGGCAGGGUUGUAGAGGGGAAUCAUGUGGUGUACAGAAUAUCAGCCCCUACUCCAGAGGAGAAAGAGGAGUGGAUCAAAUCUAUCAGGGCCAGCAUCAGCAGGGACCCUUUCUAUGAGAUGCUGGCGAGCAGAAAGCGGCGUGUUGCACUUCAGAAAUGACAGCAGGAUGACCUCUUUCAGCGUGCUGAUCACUAAUAGACAGUCUAUUGUCUGCUCAUCUACAGGGGAGCAUAUUAAAUCGAUACAGAACCUAAAGGAGGUUAGCUGCAAGGCACAGAGACCUCGACACUGAGCAUCAAAGCUGCUCAGCAGGAAAACACUUAAUGUUGCUUUAUAUUGUAGUGUGGUAAUCGGCAGAAAAAGCUGCAGAACUCCACAUUUGUUUGCAGGGAAAUGGACAAAAUGGACGUUUGGUUGUAGUGCCACUCUUAAACGUGGAAACAUUUUUACGAUAGCCCUGAUAGUUCCAGAGUUCCUCUCACACUAUAUGUCCAUCAUAAUAUACACUGAGGCUACUGAGCAAAAUCAGUACCACACUGCCCUCUAGUGGUCCACAGCAGUUAUGACCACACAUUCUUACUAAUAUUCUGUAGAAAAAUUGGCUUAUUUCUCUUUUAUGAUGAUUAUGAUCUUAUUGACACCAAUUUACCUCAGAAUUAACUGGUCAGCAUUGGGAGGGCUUUCAAGGAGUGAAUUAAUUAUUCUAUUAUUUAAAAUAAUUUCAUGAUCUCAGAUGUAUAAUGUGAUCAAAAUCAGCAGGACUGAUUGAGUUUUGCAAUACUACUAUACAUUUUUUUUAACUGGUUUAUGUCAUAUAGGAAAAUGAAGUUUCUGUUUUGUCUGUAAUGCCUUAAGUGUUUUUGUAGUGAAACUCAGUCUUUAUUUACUGGUUUUAAUUAUAAUAAACUAUUUAUUUUACCCCGAAUGUCUCAGGACCAGUUAACUCUGGCUUCCUUCUUAAUUACAGUAAGUAUACAGUAUACCCGUAACUGGAAUAAAGAAAAUGUAGAAUUGUGUUGGUCCUUCUGUAAAAGAAAUGCAGCUAUGUUUUUGCCUUAACAAAUUUAAAUAGGCUAUGCCAGUUAUGAGUAUUUAAAUAAAAAGUGGU